AUGACGGAAUUGGGAAAUGUCCAUACGGUAGUUGAUGUGGAAACCAUUUUGGAACUGGUCCACCGUGUCUGUCAGCAGGGCUCCGUUAUGGUCAACUGUACCUACUGCGUUAAGACCCCCCAGCCAUCGAUAGUGACUUUACCCGCACUGUCCGAGCAGUGCCUGGCUUUAUUCGAAGUCGUGUGCGCCGCAUAUGACAUCUCGACCCAGCCAGCUCUCUUCGACCCCAGCGUCCUCGCAUUCGAGCAGCCUCCGGGCCCCUUCGUCUGUAUCCGAAGUAAAGUCGUACUUGGCCAAACCGAGCUCGAUGAAGAUGAGGCCCAACUGUUAGUUCGCACACUCCUCGGCCGCACACUGAUGCGCUUGGUGGAGCUGAUGGAGGGCUUAAAAGAAAUUGUGCGCGUGUUAUUGGAGAGUGCACAACAUAGCCGCACGUGCACCGCCGCGCUGAGGGCCUGCGAAGCUUCUCUCGAGUGUACCAUUGGGCGGUUGACCGUCUUCAUGCAACAGAUCGACGUUGAAUGUAGUGGACUAGCCUGA